AUGGCUGCUGAGGUUCCGGCUGCGCUCAAGGCCGCCGACAUUACACGGUUCGCCCAUCGAGCAUCGCAGCUGGAGAAGCCAAAACCUAUACUUGCUUACUGGUGUGAAUACUGGAUUGUCAACCAAAUCCUCUCGAAAGGCCUUCACAAUGCCGACCAAGAAAGCCUGGUUUAUACAACCACUCUUAUGGACAAAUUAGAGCAAUACAAGGCUCAGCAUUCCGACGAACCUGCCGUGGUGGAUGAUGUUGUUGGAAAGGCCUAUGUUGAGCAGUUUGGUCUGGAAACCUUUGAAAGAGCCGAUAAUGCAGUCAAAGCCGACAAGGCCACCAGACAAACUGCAGACACAUAUCAAGCUGCUGCUACAUUCCUCGAUCUACUUCAGAUAUGGGGGCCAGUUGAUCCGGAAGCUGCGGCAAAAAUAAAAUAUGCGAAAUACCACGCCCUACGCAUCGCAAAGGCUUUGAAAGCGGGUGAAGACCCCAAUCUGUCCAACCCAAAAAUCAGCACUCCUGCAGAUGAGCAGUUGCCAGCCCUCGAUCCCAAUGAUGCAGAUGUCCAAGCCCUGGGUGGUGCCUCUGGAAAGCCCAGACAAGCUUCCGUCGUUGAAGUGCCAGACGAAGCGCAUGGAAUACAACAGAGUUUGGCGCAGAAAUCCACUCUGGAUGAAUCUUUGCAUCCAUCUCGAGAAACCUCCGUCCCACCUACAGCUAAAAAGACCGCGCGCCAGCCAUCCGUGGUAGAGGUGAAGGACGAAGCAGACCGGAUACAGAGCAGUCUCGCUCCUCAGUCAUCCUUGGAUGAGUCACUCCAUCCAUCCAGACAGACUUCACAACCACCAACGCCCACAAAUGACGUUUCUCCCAUCGCGGCACAGGAUGCAGCAGCCUUCUAUUCAACACAAACUGACACCAAUGAUAUAUCACCGCUGGAUACUCCAUCCGAGAGAAAGCCAUCUGUUGGGGGUAAUUACUUUCCACUUGUCCCUGCGGAUGUUGCUCCCAAUCUUCCCUCUGCCCCAACGAGUGUUGGAGGGCCUCCUCCUGACUUGCCUUCCGCUCCCGUGGAUUUCGCCUCAAACCCAUCAAACCCACCUCCAUCGGCUCCCACCGAUCCUGAGCUACCACCGGGUCGAGCUUCACUCACCUCUCUGAACCAAACGGGUCGUCCAUCUCCACCACUUCCAGCUCAUCGGCAUGGUAACUUCCUUCCACAGCCAGCUCCAGGACAACCACCACAGAUUCCCUCCAAUUUCCAACCCCAAGUGCCUCCUCCGCAAAUCCCACAGAAUCCUCCUCAGCUUCGACAAACUCACGGUCCGGUGCCUCCUAUCCCACAACCUCAGAACCUCGUAUCUCCCAGUCCUAUACACCCACCUGUCCAAGCGCCUUCCGCUUCACAGCCAGUCAACGUCGUGCUUGAUGAAGAAGCCAUCAUGAAAGCGCAAAAGCAUGCACGCUGGGCUAUUUCGGCCCUCAACUUUGAGGAUGUCCCAACUGCAAUUAAGGAGCUCAGAGGUGCUCUAGCGUCGCUGGGGGCUGCGCCGUGA